AUGGAUAAUCAGGAUAUAGAUGCACUGCAGCGACUAGUUCCAAAGCUUGUGAACAACCCGACCCUCCUGUCUGAUCCUCUUAUCGACUUCUUCUGUGAUUACAUCGAAAGGCUUCGCAGAGAGGAAAGGUACAAAAACUUUGAGCGUAAUCAAGUACGCCGCCGGUUCCAGGCUCGGGCUGCAUAUCUAAAGGAUAAGAAGCAAGAGCGGUCUUCAUCAAGUGGAAGUCAGGGUNGUCUUCAUCAAGUGGAAGACGUUGAAUUGAUGGCAACACUCAAUGAUCCAGAAGUGAUUGGUGCUCUUCUAGAUGUAAUUGUGAACCCUGCUAGUCUGGCAAAGCAUCAAGCAAGUCCCAAGUAUGAUGGCACUAACAAAGUGCAUCUUCAUGUGUAUAUUGAUCAUGUCGUUCAAGAUUCGAAUUAUGAGUCUGCGGAUUUGGACCAAAGAUUGAAUCUCUCGAAGGAAAUUCUUGAUUUUGUUGAUGGGUUUGAGUGGAAAUUAGGUGAAAAGCUUGUGCAUUAUCGAACUUCAAAUGCUGGGCUUCAGGCUCAGUGGCUCGAGGCCUGGUGGCCCAGUUCGGAUCAUGAGUUUGCGUUCGUUGUUGAGGACGAUCUGGAGGUUUCACCUCUUUAUUAUAGGUUUCUUAAGUCUGUGAUAUUGAAUUACUACUAUAAUGCUUCGAAUUUCAGUCCUAUGGUUUAUGGGGCAUCGCUGCAGCGGCCGAAAUUUGUGCCAGGUAAACAUGGAAACAAGAUGCAUUUAGAUAGUGGAACUCACCUUUUCUUGUAUCAUCUGGUCGGCACUUGGGGCCAGCUUCUGUUUCCAAAACCCUGGAAAGAGUUCCGUCUCUGGUAUGACACGCACAAGGCAAAAGGCAUGAAGCCAUACCUUGAGGGGAUGGUGACAAAUGGAUGGUACAAAAAGAUGGGGGAGAGAAUUUGGACUCCUUGGUUUAUUAAAUUUAUCCAUUCUAAUGGUUAUUUCAACUUUUAUACCAAUUUCUUGCAAGAGAGAGCACUCAGUGUCUCUCAUAGAGAUGCUGGUGUUAAUUAUGGGAAAACAGCAGGACCCGAUUCUUACUUACUGGAUGAAAAUUCUAAUGAUCUCGACUCUCUGAAACUACAUCCUUUAAGUGAUCUCAAGUGGUAUGACUUCUGCUUCAGAGAAGUAUUUGCUAACAGGAUAGUGAGAAGUCCUGAUGAGCUUAGAUCUGUUCUUCAAUCUGUGCAGAAAAAGGACACCGUUAUAGUAAUAAGCCUGUACAGGAUGUCAGAGACAAUUGUCAAGAAUUUUCUCUGCCACAUUGAGAGGCUGAAUAUUAGAAACUAUAUCUUUAUCGGUCCAACUUCUCGUUUCCUACUUGAUCUUGCAAGAAGAGGGCAUCCUGUAAUUGAUGCGGACGAGUUUUACAAUAUCUCCAAACUUGCCAAGUCUUUGAAUUUUCAAAAUUCAAUUGAGGAACUUAUCAAGGAGAUUCUUGUGGAGGCAUUUGUGACUAAAAAAUGCUUGGAACUUGGUUAUAGUGCCUGGCUACUUGAUGGCAACAUGAUUCCCCUUUCCAGAGAUUUAUUUCUCAAUUCCUUUGAGCAGACAAAUGAUUUUAUUAUUGGGAAGAGUUGUCGACUCCUUUAUGUCAGGAGCUCAUCCCCAGUUUUAAAAAUUUGGGUUGAUGAUUUUAUAUGUGAAGUUGCGACAUUGGUGAACGCAUUGAGAAAAGAUUCAGUUUCCCGUGACAGCAUAUUUUUUUAUGCAGUGGAAAAAUUAUUGAGAGAAAAGAGCGUCAAAUAUAACAGCAUAGAUGAGACGCGCUUAGGAUUUGGUAUCAACAUUGCUGAUGCUAACCAAACCUUUCCAGGGAGUGAAAAGAAAUUUGCUUUCUGGUCUUCUGAGACCAAGCUGGAUAUAAUACAAAGGCAGCUAGUACAAUUGAGAUUGUGGGUUUUGGAUGAUGAAUCUUCGUGCACUGCUGUUGUUUGUCACCCAUCAUAA